CUAUACGAGAAAUAUUAGAUAAUCAUACAUCUCUUAAUAUGCAGUCAUGCUUACUGUAAUGCAUUCUAAACGGGCUAGCCCACAUCCCUCUCUGCUUGCAAUAAAACCAUCGCACAUGCAGAUCAGAUGGAUUACCAGCAGCAGCUAGACUAGGAGGAGGCUGUCCUCCAGCCCGCGUGCCUUUCCCCUCUCCCCUCUGCCCCUCUCUUCCUUCGCCGAGAGUCACCCUCCCUUCUCAAGGGCUGAUAAAGCUCACCUAAGCAGCACAACCAACUCAGAGAGACACACACACACACACCAUGUGGCUGACUGCUGUGCUCCGUCUUUGCUGCUGGAGCUUGCUGCUCCUGCCAGCUCUGGCCAGGGCCGAGCAGUGUGACACAGCCCCAACGAGGGUACGACUGCAACCAGCUGGGCCAUGCGAGGGCGAGGGUGAGGAGGACACUUGCCUGUACGAGGUGGUCCUGCCCCCACUGACCCUGAUGCUGCCGAGGGAGUUUGGGGAGCCGGCCUGGAUGAGAGCAGAGCUGCGCAGGCUGCAGGAGGAGGUGAGGCGCCUGAGGGGGUGCUGUGACGAGGACGUGCGGAGAGGAGAGCAGGGAGAGGAGCAGUCGCACCACCACUGGCAGGAGCCACACGUGGUCACCAUGGUGGACAGAGGACGAGCGGGCCGAGAGAACACACAGAGAGGACACACAGGCGGACCAGGCCACACAGCCGCUGACCCCAUGGACACUCAGAACGUGGAUUUGAAUAGUAGGGGGGACAAGAACAGAGUUGCUGUUUCUCAAGGGACAACUGACCCCUCCCCUAUGAAACCUAAUGGAGAUACAUCAAACACGUUCACUAAUGGACAGAAGAUGGACAGUGUAACGAUAACAUUGGACAUGGGCCAGUCGACUACUACAGGAGGCAAGGGGGACACUGGAACAAGAAGUGUCGAUCCCGUGGACACUUGGAGACACACACACAGGGGGGACAAGGACAGAGUUGGAGUCACUGCCACUCAAAACACAACCGGCCCCUCCCAUCUGAAGCCUCAUGGGGAUAAAUCGAACACAUUUACUAAUGGACAAAAGACGGACGAUGUAAAGACAACGUUGGACUUGGGCCAGAAGACCCCUACAGGAGUGAAGGGGGACAGUGGAACAAGAGAUGUGGAUCGCAUGGACAGUAGGGGAGACACACGCAGGGGAGACAUGGACACAGUUGGUGACACUCAAGAAACAACAGUCUCCUUCCCUAUGAAGCCUCAUAGGAAUACAUCGAACACUUUCACUAAUGGAGAAAAGAUGGACAAUGUAAGGACAGCUUUGGACUUGGGCCAGUCGAUCACUACAGGAGUGAAGGGGGACCGUGGAACAAGAGAUCCUCAUUUUGGAGAUACACAUGUGGGUAAUAAAAGUGGACGGGCAGAGAAAAAGACACCCUCACACAUUACAAGCACUACUGCACAGUCUCGAUCCACUGAGCCAGCAAGGCCAAAGGUGAUCAAGGUAAGUGAAAUUACCUCUCCGCAUAUGGACACAAUAGAGUCAGCACAGACUUCUGCAGAUCAAAGUAAAACCCCUGCGGAGUUAACCCCAGUGAAAAAUACUAAAGGACUGAGAAAACCCAGUGAGAGCAGGAAUAUGCUACACAAGAAUAAAUCUAAAGUGAUGGAUGAUGGUUUAACAAAAACUGACAAGAAGCCUGAGCUGACGCAAAGUCCUGAUGACAGUGACAGAGAAACAUUGCCCUCAAGCCCAACAACUGAGCAAGAUGGGGAAACUAGUAACAUGGCUGGGGAUAAGUUCAAAGGUCGAGUCAAUGUCACAAAGACAGGAAGCAGUAGUAAGGAAGAGGAUUUUAGUCUGCCCAUCCCAAUGGGUUUGAAUCACUCCAGUGUGAGGGAGACACCUCAGAAACCCAGUGUAUGGACAAGAGACAGGAGUGAUACGAAGACACCUCAGAAACCCAGUAGUGUAUGGACGACAGACAACAGGGGUACAACACCACAGAAACCCAGUGUAGGGACAAUAGACAGCAGUGAUACGAAGACACUUCAAAAGCCCAGUGUAAGGACAACAGACAGGAGUGAUACGAGGACAACAAAUAGAACUGACACAAGGACACCUCAGAAACCCAGUGUAGGGACAACAGACAGGAGUGAUAGGAAAAUACUUCAGAAACCCAGUAGUGUAGGGACAACAGACAAGAGUGAUACAAAGACUCUUCUAAAACCCAGUGUAGGGACAACAGACAGAAGUAACAUGAGAACACAUCAGACACCCAGUGUAGAGACUACAGACACGGCUGACCCAAAGACACCAGAUAGGAGUGAUAUAAGGAUACAUCAGAAACCCAGUGUAGGCAACAGUGAUUUGAAAACAUCUCAGAAACCCACUAGUGUAGGAACAACAGAUAGAGGUGACACAAAGAUGCCAGAUAAGAGUGAUAUAAGAACACCCCAGAAACCCAGUGUAGGGACAACAGACAACAGUGAUAUGAAGACACCUUAUAAACUCGGUGAGGGAACAACAGAUAUGAGUAAUACUAAGACACCUCAGAAACCCAAUAGUGUAGGGACAACAGACAGGAGUGAUAUGAGGACAACAGACAGAACUGACACAAGGACACAUCAGAAACCCACUGCAGGGACACAUGACAGGAGUGAUAGGAGAAUACUUCAGAAACCCAGUAGUGUAAGGACAACAGACAAGAGUGAUACAAAGACACUUCUAAAACCCAGUGUAGGGACAACAGACAGAAGUAACAUGAAGACACCAUACAAACUCAGAGAGGGAACAACAGACAAGAAUGAUCCGAAGACAAUUCAGAAACCCAAUGCAGGGACAACAGACAACAGUGAUGCAAAGACACUUGAAAACCCCAGUAAUGUAGGGACAACAGAUGGGAGUGACAUGAAGACACUUCAGAAACCCAGUGAAGGGACAAUAGACAGGAGUGACCCAAAGAUGACAGAUAGGAGUGACAUCAGUACACCUCAGAAACCCAGUGUAGGGACAACUGGCACGAGGACACCUUAUAAACUCAGUGAGGGAACAAUAGUCAACAGUGAUACAAAGACACCUCAGAAAUCUGCUAUGGAGACAACAGACAGAACUGACACGAGAACACAUCAGAAACCCAGUGUAGAGACAACAGACACGGCUGACCCAAAGACACCAGAUAGGAGUGAUAUAAGGACACAUCAGAAACCCAGUGUAGGCAACAGUGAUUUGAAAACAUCUCAGAAACCCAGUAGUGUUGGAACAACAGAUAGAGGUGACACAAAGACAGACAGCAGUGACACAAAGAUGCCAGAUAGGAGUAAUAUCAGGACUCAUCAGAAACCAGACGGCAGUAAUACAAAGACACUUCAAAAACCAAGUAGUGUAGGGACAACAGACAACAGUGACAUAGGAACACCAGAUAGAAUUGAUAUGAAGACACCUCAGAAACCGAGUAGUGUAGGGACAACAGACAGGAGUGAUAUGAAGACACCUCAGAAACCCAAUGUAGGCAACAGUGAUUCGAAAACAUCUCAGACACCCAGUAGCGUAGGAACAACAGACAGGGGUGACACAAAGACGCCAGAUAGGAGUGAUAUAAGGACACAUCAGAAACCCAGUGUAGGGACAACAGACAACAGUGAUAUGAAGACACCUUAUAAACUCAGCGAGGGAACAACAGAUAUGAGUAAUACUAAGACACCUCAGAAACCCAGUGUAGGGACAACAGACAGGAGUGAUAUGAGGACAACAGACAGAACUGACACAAGGACACCUCAGAAACCCACUGCAGGGACACGUGACAGGAGUGAUAGGAAAAUACUUCAGAAACCCAGUAGUGUAGGGACAACAGACAGGAGUGAUAUAAAGACACUUCUAAAACCCAGCAUAGAGACAACAGACAGGAGUGAUCCAAAGAUGCCAGAUAGGAGUGAUAUCAGGACACAUCAGAAACCCAGUGUAGGGACAACAGACAGGGGUAACAUGAAGACACCUUAUAAACUCAGUGAGGGAACAACAGACAAGAAUGAUCCAAAGACAUUUCAGAAACCCAAUGCAGGGACAACAGACAACAGUGAUACAAAGACACUUAAAAAACCCAGUAGUGUAGGGACAACAGACGGGAGUGAUUUGAGGACAGUUCAGAAACCCAGUGUAGGGACAACAGACAAGAGUGAUACAAAAACACAUCCAAAACCCAGUGUAGGGACAACAGACAAAACUGACAUGAAGACACCAUAUAAACUCAGUGAGGGGCCAACAGACAUGACUGACACAAAGACACCUCAGAAACCCACUGUAGAUACAACAGACAGGAGUGACACAAAGACACAUCAGAAACCCAGUGGUGUAGGGACAACUGACAGGCGUGACCCAAAGACGCCAGAUAGGAGUGAUAUCAGGAUACCUGAAAAACCCAGUGUAGGGACAACAGACAGAACUGACAUGAAGACACCUUAUGAACUCAGUGAGGGAACAACAGACAACAGUGACACAAAGACACCUCGAAAACCCAGUGUUGGAACAACAGGUAAAACUGACAUGAAGACACCAUAUAAAUCCAGUGAGGGGCCAACCGACAGGAGUGAUACGAGGACGCCUCUAAAACCCAGUGAAGGGACCACAGACAGGAGUAACAUGAAGACACCUUAUAAAUUCAGUGAGGGGACAAGAGAGAAGAAUGAUCCAAAGACACCUCAGAAACCGAGUAGUGUAGGGACAACAGACAGGAGUAACAUGAAGACACCUUAUAAAUUCAGUGAGGGGACAACAGAGAAGAAUGAUCCAAAGACACCUCAGAAACCCGCUGUAGAAUCAACAGACAGAACUGACAUGAGAACACCUCAGGAACCCAGUGUAGGGACAAGAGACAACAGUGACAUGAAGACACCUUAUAAAGUCAGUGAGGGAACAACAGACAGGAGUGACACAAAGACACCUCGAAAACCCAGUGUAGGGACCACAGACAGGAGUAACACAGAGACACCAGAUAGGAGUGAUAUGAAGACACCUCAGAAACCCAGUAGUGUAGGAACAACAGACAGGAGUAACAUGAAAACACCUUAUAAAUUCAGUGAGGGAACAACAGAGAAGAAUGAUCCAAAGACACCUCAGAAACCCGCUGUGGAGUCAGCCGACAGAACUGACAUGAGAACACCUCAGGAACCCAGUGUAGGGACAACAGACAUGAGUAACACAGAGACACCAGAUAGGAGUGAUAUCAGGACUCAUCAGAAACCAGACAACAGUAAUACAAAGACACUUCAAAAACCAAGUAGUGUAGGGACAACAGACAACAGUGACACAGGAACACCAGAUAGAAUUGAUAUGAAGACACCUCAGAAACCGAGUAGUGUAGGGACAACAGACAGGAGUGAUAUGAAGACACCUCAGAAACCCAGUAGUGUAGGGACAACAGACAGGAGUAACAUGAAGACACCUUAUAAAUUCAGUGAGGGGACAACAGAGAAGAAUGAUCCAAAGACACCUCAGAAACUCGCUGUAGAGACAACAGACAUAACUGACAUGAGAACACCUCAGGAACCCAGUGUAGGGACAACAGACAACAGUGACAUGAAGACACCAUACAGACCCAGUGUAGGGACAACAGACAGGAGUGACACAAAGAUGCCAGAUAGGAGUGAUAUCAGGACUCAUCAGAAACCAGACAGCAGUAAUACAAAGACACUUCAAAAACCAAGUAGUGUAGGGACAACAGACAACAGUGACACAGGAACACCAGAUAGAACUGAUAUGAAGACACAUCAGAAACCGAGUAGUGUAGGGACAACAGACUGGAGUGAUAUGAAGACACAUCAGAAACCCAAUGUAGGCAACAGUGAUUCGAAAACAUCUCAGACACCCAGUAGCGUAGGAACAACAGACAAGGGUGACACAAAGACGCCAGAUAGAAUUGAUAUCAGGACACAUCAGAAACCCAGUGUAGGGACAACUGACAACAGUGACAUGAAGACACCCUAUAAAGUCAGUGAGGGAACAACAGACAGGAGUGAUACAAAGACACCUCGAAAGCCCAGUGUAGGGACCACAGACAGGAGUGACAUGAAGACACCCUAUAAAGUCAGUGAGGGAACAACAGACAGGAGUGAUACAAAGACACCUCGAAAGCCCAGUGUAGGGACCACAGACAGGAGUGACAUGAAUACACCUCAGAAACCCAGUAGUGUUGGGACAACAGACAGGGGUGACACAAAGACGCCAGAUAGAAUUGAUAUCAGGACACCUCAGAAACCCAGUGUAGAGACAACAGACAGGAGUAACAUGAAGACACCUUAUAAAUUCAGUGAGGGGACAACAGAGAAGAAUGAUCCAAAGACACCUCAGAAACUCGCUGUAGAGACAACAGACAGAACGGACAUGAGAACACCUCAGAAACCCAGUGUAGGGACAACAGACAACAGUGACAUGAAGACACCUUAUAAAAUCAGUGAGGGAACAACAGACAGGAGUGACACAAAGACACCUCAGAAACCCGCUGCAGAGACAACAGACAGAACUGACAUGAAGACUCCCAAUAAACCCAGUGUAGGGACAACAGACAGGAGUGAUACAAAGGUGCCAGAUAGGAGUGAUAUCAGGACUAAUCAGAAACCAGACAGCAGUAAUACAAAGACACUUCAAAAACCAAGUAGUGUAGGGACAACAGACAACAGUGACACAGGAACACCAGAUAGAAUUGAUAUGAAGACACCUCAGAAACCGAGUAGUGUAGGGACAACAGACAGGAGUGAUAUGAAGACACCUCAGAAACCCAGUAGUGUAGGGACAACAGACAGGAGUAACAUGAAGACACCUUAUAAAUUCAGUGAGGGGACAACAGAGAAGAAUGAUCCAAAGACACCUCAGAAACCCGCUGUUGAGUCAGCAGACAGAACUGACAUGAGAACACCUCAGGAACCCAGUGUAGGGACAACAGACAGGAGUAACACAGAGACACCAGAUAGGAGUGAUAUCAGGACUCAUCAGAAAUCAGAUAACAGUAAUACAAAGACACUUCAAAAACCAAGUAGUGUAGGGACAACAGACAACAGUGACACAGGAACACCAGAUAGAAUUGAUAUGAAGACACCUCAGAAACCGAGUAGUGUAGGGACAACAGACAGGAGUGAUAUGAAGACACCUCAGAAACCCAGUAGUGUAGGGACAACAGACAGGAGUAACAUGAAGACACCUUAUAAAUUCAGUGAGGGGACAACAGAGAAGAAUGAUCCAAAGACACCUCAGAAACCCGCUGUUGAGUCAGCAGACAGAACUGACAUGAGAACACCUCAGGAACCCAGUGUAGGGACAACAGACAGGAGUAACACAGAGACACCAGAUAGGAGUGAUAUCAGGACUCAUCAGAAAUCAGAUAACAGUAAUACAAAGACACUUCAAAAACCAAGUAGUGUAGGGACAACAGACAAGGGUGACACAAAGACGCCAGAUAGAAUUGAUAUCAGGACACCUCAGAAACCCAGUGUAGAGACAACAGACAACAGUGACAUGAAGACACCUUAUAAGGUCAGUGAGGGAACAACAGACAGGAGUGAUACAAAGACACCUCGAAAUCCCAGUGUUGCGACAACAGGCCAAACUGAUAAGAAGACACCCAAUAAACCCAGUGUGGGGACAACAGACAGGAGUGACACAAAGAUGCCAGAUAGGAGUGAUAUCAGGACUCAUCAGAAACCAGACAGCAGUAAUACAAAGACACUUCAAAAACCAAGUAGUGUAGGGACAACAGACAACAGUGACAUAGGAACACCAGAUAGAAUUGAUAUGAAGACACCUCAGAAACCGAGUAGUGUAGGGACAACAGACAGGAGUGAUAUGAAGACACCUCAGAAACCCAAUGUUGACAACAGUGAUUCGAAAACCUCUCAGACACCCAGUAGUGUAGGAACAACAGACAGGGGUGACACAAAGACGCCAGAUAGUGAUAUAAGGACACAUCAGAAACCCAGUGUAGGGACAACAGACAACAGUGACAUGAAGUCACCUUAUAAAGUCAGUGAGGGAACAACAGACAGGAGUGACACAAAGACACCUCGAAAGCCCAGUGUAGGGACCACAGACAGGAGUAACACAAAGACACAUCAGAAACAAGCUGUGGAGACAACAGACAGAACUGACACGAGAACGCAUAACAAACCCAGUGUAGAGAUAACAGACAACAGUGAUAUGAAGCCACCUCAGACACCCAGUGUAGGGACAAUAGACAUGACUGACCCAAAAAUGCCAGACAGGAGUGAUAUGAGGACAACAGACAGAACAGACACAAAGACACCUCAGAAACCCACUGCGGGAACAGAUGACAGGAGUGAUACUAAGACACCUCCAAAACCCAGUGUAUGGACAACAGACAGAAAUUAUACAAAGAUACUUGAGAAACCCAGUGUAGUGACAACAGACAGAAGUGACAUGAAGACACCCAAUAAACCCAGUGUAGGGACCACAGACAGGAGUAACACAAAGACACCAGAUAGGAGUGAUAUCAGGACACAUCAGAAACCAGACAACAGUCAUACAAAGACACCUCAGAAACCCAGUAGUGUAGGGACAGCAGACAACAGUGACACAGGAACACCAGAUAGAACUGAUAGGAAGACACAUCAGAAACCCAAUGUAGGCAACAGUGAUUCGAAAACAUCUCAGAAACCCAGUGUAGGAACAACAGACAACAGUGACACAAAGACGCCAGAUAGAAUUGAUAUCAGGACACAUCAGAAACCCAGUGUAGGAACAACAGACAACAGUGAUAUGAAGACACCUUAUAAACUCAGCGAGGGGCCAACCGACAGGAGUGAUGUUAAGACGCCUCCAAAACCCAGUGUGUGGACAACAGACAGGAAUGACCGAACAGAUAGAGUUGAUAUCAGGACACCUCAGAAACCCAGUGUAGGGACACCAGACGGGAGUGACAUGAAGACACCUCAGAAACCCAGUGUAGGGACACCAGACGGGAGUGACAUGAAGACACCUUAUAAACUCAGUGAGGGGCCAACAGACAGGAGUGAUACAAAGACAUUUCAGAAACCCAGUAUAGAGACAACUGACAGGACUGACACAAAGACUCCAGAUAGGAGUAAUAUCAGGACACCUCAGAAACCCAGUGUAGGGACAACAGACAGAAGUGAUAUAACAGACAACAGUGAUAAUAAGACACCUCAGAGACCCAGUAUUGUGGGAACAAAAGAUAGGACUGACAUGAAGACACUUCAGAAACCCAGUGUAGGAACAACAGAUAGGAGUGACACAAUGAUGCCAGAUAGGAGUGAUACCAGGACACCUCAGAAACCCAGUGUAGGGACAACAGACAGGACUGACACAAACACACAUCAGAAACCCAGUGAUGUAGGGACAACAGACAUGAGUGAUAUGAGGACACCUGAGAAACCCAGUGUGAGGAUAACAGACCGGAGUGGCAUGAGGUCGCCUCAUAAACCCAGUGAGGGGGCACCAGACAGGAGUGACACACAGUCGAGGAGGACGGAGCCACCAACACCCGCUGACAUCAAUGGAAAGGACUUGAGUCCAAAACCAGAUAAACAGCAAAUAAAAUCAAGCACUGGUGCAAAGACAUCCAAUCAAUUAAACACAGAUGUGUCUAAAGAUCCUGAAAAGGGAACAAGUUUGAAUACGCAUGUUGGUGAAGUCAACGUCACAAAUACGAGCCACCAAAUAACGGCAACUGUUUCGCCUCUAAAGUCCAGGGACGGAGAACGCACAGAUUCAGGCAUAAUAGACAAAGGAAAAAACACCAAAACCAAGUAUCCACUGCCAAGCAACAAACAAGAGGGAGCGGGAAAGAGUGCAAAACCCGUAAACAAUAACAAGGAAACAGCCAGCCUGAUUCCAACUGGCACGCUCAAAAAUCCACCUCCCUCAGAAAGAGGAGCAAAUGAAAAAGACAUGAGGCCAAAAGAUUUAAGCAUGCCCAGUGAAAACAAAGUUGAUUUGCAUUCAGGCUUCAUCACCUCGAGCACAUCAGUGGUGUCAGGUUCGGGGCUUCAUGAAAAUACUGAUGCCAGUGGGGGACCACAAUCAACACAAGCUCCCACAAACAACAAUAAGAAUGUGGGAGAGAACCCCAAACGUGUAGAGCACGGAUUAAAAACUGUAGAUGACUUAUCCACUGACCAUCUCCCCGAGAGGAACAGCCAAAGCCCUGUGAAAAGUAUGACAACACCUGCCUCUGGGCCUGAUGUCAGUGCGGUCAAGACAAACGAUCCACACAGCUCUGUGAAAGAUGUGAAAAGCCAGACACCGUCACAUUAUCACUCUGAGAACAGACCAGAUGAGGAAAUGAAGGCAACAAUGAAAUCAAACACAUCCAUGACACAUAAACCUAAUAACACAUCUGGACUGAAUAAAUUAUUACCAUUUCACCUGAACAAAAACCAAACCAAAGAGAGGCCGGUGGUCAUUGAGAAAAAGCAGCCCACACAAAGAGGAGAACAGGCCAAAAACACAAAGCCAAAAGAUUCAAACAUACAGAGUGAAAAGAAAGACCAUUCAGGCCGCAAAUCAAAUGCAAGCACAUCAGUGGUGUCAGGUUCGGGGCUCCAUGAAAGCACUGAUAUCAGUGGGGGACUAAAAUCAACACAAGCUCCUAUUAACAGCAAUGAGAAUGUGGGAGAGAGAGGAGGGUCUCUUGUAAAGCCCGGUGAUAACAGUGCUCGGACAGAUGACACUGGGAAGCAAGCUAUGGAGACGCGAAACAAAACACGGACCCUUGACCAAAAAUCACACAUUCCAGGAACCAUGAAGUCAUCUGCAGAGGAGAAGGGCGUUUUGGAGGGAAAUGAAAAAUUCAGUCAAUUACCUGAUGUAAACAAAGCAAGCACACAACAGAUGGAAAGCAAUAUUUCUGGGAAACACAUAAAUCUUGUAGAAGGGGUUGGGGAGACGAGUGCUGGUUUACACACGGACAUUAGCUCCGACACCCGCGAUAUUAAACUCCCCACUGGAGAUAUGAAACAGACCCCAUCUGGUGACAGAGACAGCUACAGUGACGUCCUAAGGAGAAUAUUAAAACCUUUUGACCAAACAAAUCAGAACACGUCCAAAGAAUUAGCAAACAAUAACACAAUCAACCUCAACCAACCAAACAGCACAGGCCGUUCUACUGAGGGCAGGCCUAAGGGCGAGGACAGUCCCAUGUCACGGCUCAAGCCACAGGAGCCUUUGGGUACGGGAAACAGAACAAGGAAAGUGAAUCCUGAUGCAAAGCUGGAAAAUGAAGAGAGCCAAGUGAGUCCUGAUUCGGCAGGCAAUAACAAACCUGGCAUCACACCAUCACGCAUCACACCGACACGUGUUCCGAUAGCCCUCAGCGUGCCCAAGCGUGUGACGCAGCCUAUCACACGUGCAGAAGAUAAUGAAGACAACACCAAGGGAACAAGUAGUGCUCAGUCACACCACCCACAGGGCAGGGACGGAGGCGAGGCACCCAGCACAAGCACUGUGGCCAGCAGUGGAGGAGAGCGGCCGACCUCCCCCUACUCUGUUGACAGGCGCAAAAACGGCAGUCAUCCUUUGAUCCCCAGACAGCCGUGGAAAACAAAAAGCAAAAGCCCUCCCGGAGCGAACCCGUUAAAGGGCAAAGGACAGAAGGAUAGCAUCAAGCGUGUAGAGGAGGGAUUGAAACCCGCUGUGGAUGACUUAUCCACUGACCAUCUCCCCGAGAGAAACAGCCAAAGCCCUGUGAAAAAUAUGACAGCACCACCUGCCUCUGUGCCUGAUGUCAGUGCGGUCAAGACAAAUGAUCCGAAAGGCUUGGUGAAAGAUGUGAGAAACCAGACACUGUCACAGAAGUACAGAACAGAUGAGGAAACCCCGACUGUUAAAUCAAACACAUCCAUGACACACAAGGCUAACCACUCCACUGCACUGAAGAUAUUACUGCAGCACCUGAACAAAAACCAAACCAAAGACAGGCAGGAGACCAUGAAGAAAAAGGAGCCUGUGGUUACUAACAUAAAUAAUAAAAAGAAAAAAACAGAUCCAUUUCCUUGGAUCACGGGAAAAGGCCUAAAUAAGGCAGAACCAAAUCCAGGCCAGGGCAGCAGGAACAGCAGCCAGCUGACCAGUCAGAGCCCACCAGAAUACGGAGUAGCAGACACCCACGAGGUCAGGGGGUCAAAAUCCCUGACCGUGGAGGGGGUACAGGCGAACCUUCCAGGGCCAUCAGAUCCCAAUGGUAACACCGGAACGGCUAAACCAGCCCAAUACUGCUCAGACUACACUGCGAGCGAGACGAAAAAGUCUGGCAUCUUCAUCGUCCGGCCCGACCUGAGGAACAGCUCCUUCCCUGUGCUGUGCGAGAUGGAGGCCUAUGGAGGGGGCUGGACCCUGCUCCAGCGCCGCUAUGACGGCAGUGUCAGCUUCAACCGCACCUGGAAUGACUACAAAAAGGGCUUUGGUCGUUUGGAUGGUGAGUUUUGGCUGGGCAACGACAUGAUCCACCUGCUCACCCGCGGUAGAGAGAUGGUCCUGCGUAUCCAGCUGGAGGACUUUGAGGGGCUUAAAGCUUACGCAACCUAUGAGCACUUCUCAGUGGCCAGUGAACAGGAGAAGUACAGGCUGAGCAUAGGGGCGUACUCUGGUACAGCUGGAGACGCCCUUCACUUCAGUCGGACUUUUGACCAUGACCAGAAGCCUUUCACCACUCACGACAGAGACAAUGACCAGUAUCCAUCUGGCAAUUGUGGGGCCUACUAUGGCUCGGGCUGGUGGUUUGACUCUUGUAUGUCAGCCAAUUUGAAUGGCAAAUACUACAAGCCGUGGUAUAGAGGAGUCCGGAACGGCAUCUACUGGGGAGCCUGGCCCAACAUCUCCAGAGAGUUAUAUCCAACUAAUUACAGACGUGCAUUUAAGACUGUGUCAAUGAUGAUAAGACCCAGUGACUACAAACCACAAUAACAAUGUUGAAUUGUGUAAAGGUUAAUAUGGUAUACAAACUUACUUUGUGUGUAAAAGAUGAGGUAAAUAACACUGACCUACUACACUGACAUUUGCGGUUACAGUUUGUAACAAACUUAUGAUUUGUGACAUGUCUCAGUGAUUAACUGGAUUGCUGGGAUUUUUUUUUAAAUGUUAUCUAUAUGUAACAAUGGCAACUUUUACUUAUUUAAGCAAUAUGCAAUUCCUGAAUAACAGUCCAAUGUUAUGCAACCUGAAACCAAACAAUACAUUGAUGUAUAUUCAGUCAUAGCAAUUAUGUAAAAAGUGAAGUAACAUUUUUUACUACAUUCAGUUUUACAUUUUAAUUUCCGUAUCUAAUCACCACUGAUUACAGUUUAGUUUUCUGGCAUUGCAGAUCUGAACGUUUCAAGUAUGUCUGACAUGUGCAUAGCAUUUGUUCCUUUUGUAGAAGGAAAUGAACCUUGUCUGAAUGUAAAUAAAAGUUUGACUUACAGGGAUGAAUGCAGUCAAAAUCACUAAAAUGUUUUUGUUUAAAUGGCUGACUGCACAGUAACUUUUAUUGAACAAUCUGGACCAAUAAAAUUGUUUUUGAUUCCAA